CUCCUUACCCCAGCUAUUUGUGGCACGUGGCCCUUAAGUCAGCCCCCAGCAAACCCUCCCUGAAGCACGAACUGGAGGAGGUGAGGUGAGCAAGUGAAGCCCUUUAAACACUCACGUCGAUCAGCUGUUGUGAUGUUGUGGUGGCCGAGAACCACCAUCGGCCAGCAAUGAAUCCCCCAGCAACAGUCCCAAAACUUCCCCAACCACAGCUGAGGGAGAGAAUGGAGCCAAAUGGUAAUAGGAAAGAGGAGCGCCUGCGUGUUAUAGCUACUCACCUGAACCUCGCUCGCAGGUGUCACAAGGAUGCUGCUCAGAAACCCAAGCCUGUCAACAUUGGAUGGCAUGGAACCUCGGCAAUGGAGGCAGGGGGUGUGGAAGUGGAGCCACCACCCAAAGGUCUGGAGGAGGCACACACCACCCUGCUCACCCCUCCUGCCCUCAAGUUUGUGGCUGACCUGACAAGGCGGUUCAACACUGAAGUGGACCUUAUGCUGAACGAGAGAGUUAGAAGAAAAGUGGAACUUGAUGUGACAAGCAGCCGUCCAACAUUCAUGAUCAACCCACAGGCUGAGGCACCUGACUGGAGGGUGGAGCCUGCCCCAAGGAGGCUACAAGACCGCAGGCUGGACCUUGGGGACGUGUCCCCUGCCAACACGGAGCAUUUUGUGGCUGCUCUGAAGUGCAAGGUUAAUGGUAUCCAGACAGACUUUGAUGAUGGUCACUGCCCGACAUGGUCGGCCCAGCUCCGGGGCCUCUACAACGUGUACAAGGCAGUGUAUGGCUUGUUCCCAGACAUUGGGGACAUUGGCAGCCUGCCGGUGCUGAUGCUGCGGCCCCGGGCCUGGAACAUGAUUGAACACAACAUACUGGUGGAUGGGCGGGAGGUGCCCGGCCCUCUGUUUGACUUUGGCCUGCUGAUGUUCCACUGUGCAGGACGGCUCAUUCAGGCUGAGAGUGGACCCUACUUCUACCUGUCGAAGGUGGAGGGUGCUAAUGAGGCACACCUGUGGGACAAGAUCUUCUGUUGGGCUCAGGAUCAGCUUGACAUUCCUAGAGGAACCAUCAAGUCAUGCGUGUUGAUAGAGAACGUCCUCGCUUCCUUUGAGAUGGAGGCAAUACUGUACGAACUCCGCCAUCACUCCAUCGGCCUCAACUGUGGCAUCUGGGACUACUCUGCUUCCUUCGUUAACAAGUUCGGUCACCGAGAUGACUUUGUGCUGCCAGACAGGAACAAGUACGUGAACAUGCAGCGCCACUUUCUCCGCUCAUACAUGGACCUGGUCGUGCACACCUGCCACAAAAGGGGAGCCCACGCCACAGGGGGAAUGGCUGCCACUAUGCUCGAGUCCAAGGAUUCAUUCCUGGUGAGUCAGGUGACGGCGGCCAAGCUGAGGGAGUUGAUGGCCGGCGUAGAUGGGUUCAUGGUGUACGACUUGCGUCUGGUGCCUGUCAUGCUCAAGCUUUAUAGAAACUUUGGAUUCAUCAACCAAAUUGAUCAUUUGAGAGACGAUGUGAAGGUGACUCCACCUGACCUUCUACAGAUGCCUGCAGGAGGUGUCACCCUGGAGGGCCUCAAGCACAACGUGGCGGUGGGUGUCCUGUUCAUCGCGGCGUGGCUCCGAGGACAGGGCCACUAUAUAUAUAAGGGAGCCGUAGAAGACUCAGCCACUGCAGAGAUCUCCAGGUCCCAAGUGUGGCAGUGGAUCAGACACAGGGCCACACUGGAAGUCAGCGGACAGGUGAUCACCCGCAAGUUGGUCCAGACCCUCAUCAAGGAAUUCACUGACUCUGCAGACACUGAGAUAGCACCAGACGAUGCAGCAAGGGCACGGCUGUCUGUGGCUGCCGAGAUUUUUGAGGAAGUGGUGACCAAGAGGGACUUCCCUGAGUUCCUGACGACUUAUCUCAACCAGGACCACACCUUCAGGGCACACCAGAAGCUCUCCUGUUAACUCUUGGCACCACAAACCUCCUAGCUGAGAUCCUUAAUGGUUCCUUGUUUAUACCUUUUUUUUUUUUAUGUAAGAGGAGAAAAUCUGGCCACUUAGAUGCCAGUUCCCAAGCAGGUUUGAGUGAGUUAGCUAAAAGAAUGGGAUAAAUGUCUUGAAAUUUCCCUUUUAGCAAAAUGUCAUUUUGUGUUAAAUGUAAGAGGAAAGAAAAUGAAUACUUAAGUACAACAUGUAUUAACUAUUACUCUGUGUGCAAUACUAUAUCUAUUUUUUGUAUUAUUCAUCACAACUCUGAUGUAUUGUUAAUUGCUGCCUUUCUCUCUCUCUCUCUCUCUCUCUCUCUCUCUCUCUCUCUCUCUCUCUCUCUCUCUCUCUCUCUCUCUCUCUCUCUCUCUCUCUCUCUCUCUCUCUCUCUCUCUCUCUCUCUCUCUCUCUCUCUCUCUCUCUCUCUCUCUCUCUCUGCCGUGUCCAGUGGCCAGUGUUCAGCAGGGUUUGCUACCACUGGUGCUGGACUCCCUUAGGAAAGAUUUGAAGGUUUAGAGGUGUUCCCCAGGGUGCUAAGGAAACAAAUGGUGCUGUGUACUCUUAUAACAAAGCCAUGUGCAGGGAUCUGUUUAGCAGCUUCUUAUCCAGCUAGUAAAAAAAUUAUAGUGGUUUAGUGAAAAAGUGAUAUAAGGAACAAUAUUUUUAUAGUAUAUUUCUUUUGUUCUUUUGAUAAUGUUUUCUUGGUGAUUUUCUUCAUGUAGUUGUUUUUUUAUAUAUAGUUAGCUUAUUUUUUUAGGAGUUGGGUAUGUCACAUGAGAUAUAUGGUGCAUUAUGCUGUUGGUAAAGGUGUUCCUCAUGUAGUGCAGGGUAUGUGAUGCAUGUGUAGAAGACCUGAGUGCAGUGGAAGGUUACAUAUCAGAUCUUUAUCCAGAUAGUGGAAAGUUAUGGUGGAAUAGUGAAAGCUAUAAGUAAACAUAUUUUUACUGUACAUUUCCUUUGUUCUCUUGUUAAUUUUAUUUGACUUUUUUAGAUAUAUAGUUAGCUUGUUUUGGAGGUGUUGGAAAUGUCACAUGAAAUAUAUUUUAUGAAUAAAGAAAUGUCUUUAAUAAUGUAGGAUAUGUGAUGUAUGUAUAGACAACUUGAGUACAAUGGAGUUCAAAAGCCAGCUAGUUUGUGUUGUGUUGUGCAAGGGGCCAUGAUGCAUGCACUACAUAUCAAUAGUUCUAUGGUGUUGCUCACAGCCCCAUCUAGGUGAUCUGGCCUGCCACACGCUGUAAGGACAAAACUGCCACUACACACAUUCCUAGGCAGCUGUGGCCUUCAUUCCUUUCAGUUAUAGAGGGGAUGGAGGGCAGGGAUCAGGAACCAGAGACCAGGGACCAGCCCUCUCCUCAGUACUGUUGUUAUUUCUGCAGUGAGACCAGUGUAUGGCACUGCUUACUCUGCCUUCAUUACUUUUACCAUAUAGCCUACUACUUAUUUUACUAACACAAAGACUUUAGAUAUUUAGAAGUUGUAAUCUGUAUGACCUUGUUGUUCCAAAGUACCCAUCAAUUGAUGAGGUUUCAGUGAAUGAGCCAUACAGAACAAAAAUACUUUGGCAUGAAGGAAAGAGGUGGUGGCAACAUCUGCUGUCCACCACAAACACCUUCCAGGAACCAAGAAUGUACUGCAGCCCAAUAAAAAAUGUAUACUGCUUGAGAAA